CACAGUGAAGUGACACUUCUCUCCUUCUCUAGCCAAGCACAACCUCAACAGCCAACAUCAUGUGUGGAAGCUACUACGGAAACUAUUAUGGAGGCUGCGGCUACGGGGGCUGUGGCUAUGGAGGCUGCGGCUAUGGAGGCUGCGGCUAUGGAGGCUGCGGUUAUGGAGGCUGUGGCUACGGAGGCUGCGGCUACGGAGGCUGUGGCUAUGGAGGCUGCGGCUAUGGAAGCUCUGGCUACAAAGGCUGUGGCUACAGAGGCUGUGGCUAUGGAGGCUGUGGCUACAGAGGCCUGGGCUGCGGCUAUGGCUCCUGCUAUGGCUGUGGCUCUGGCUGUGGCUACUAGUAACAAGGGCACCGUGGGGGACUCUCACCCUCUACAACUGGACAUGGCAUUCACCAAAUCUGAGCCCCACACGGUCUGACCUUUGCUGAAGGCUUGCCUUCUGGUGCCCUUUUGGUCAAAUACAGAGUUAUUCCUAUAUUCAACUCAUGAAAAGUGGGAGCAUUUGAAAUUCACCCUGAGCACUGCGUGGUUCCUCUUUGCCUUGAUGCAGUCACAGAUUCUCUGUUUCGAUUUUCAUGCAAGAACUAUUUCUCUGUUUUCAUAAUAAACUUAUUUGGUCUGAAAUAAUAAACCUAGCUUUCUGUUCA